AUGAAUCCAAAUGGAGAACAUUCGAACGAUUCGAGACAAAGCCUUGUGAUUGGCUUUACAAUUACGUUUAUCGUAAUAGCAACAGUAUUCAUCGGAAUCAGAUUGUAUUUGAGGAGGUACCUCAAAAAAUGUUGGGGUCUCGAUGGCUCGAUAUUCUUGGUCUCCGCCCUACUCAUCAUGUUUCAAAGUGCCAACAUAAUUGCAAAUGAGGUAUACGGCAGUUUAGGGUUGCACGUUUGGGAAGCUUCACCCGAAGCUCUGAAAAGAGAUAGACAAUUUUUCACUGCCGCUGUUCUUCUUUAUCAAGUGUCUACUACGUCGAUUAAAGCCACCUUUCUUCUCCAAUACCGACGAGCCUUCGCAUUACCCUUCGUUAAGCUAUUCUGCGACAUAGCUCUUGCUUUCAUCCUCAUCAUCAUGAUAUCGAUGCUCUUAUCUGGGGGUUUGGUUAUGAGAAUGGCGCUUCUUAAUUCUGAAGACGGAUCCCAAGGUGCCAGUAUCUUUUUGACUUGGGCGUAUGCAAAUGCAUCCAUCCACUUUCUCACAGACAUCAUCAUCUUCUUCUUCCCGAUCCCUAUCGUUGGUCGACUGAAACUCGCAACCAUACAAAAAGCUGGUCUUGUCGGAAGCUUUGCUGUUGGCCUCUUUACUUGUGGGGUUUCGAUUUUCAGGAUCAGUACCUUCCAAUCGAGCCUUGAUGGUAUAGAUUCGUUCUAUCGAGGCGUUCCUCUUUCUUUAUUAAGCAUAGCUGAGCCAACCUCUGCACUUGUGUGCGUUUGCGUGCCUCUUUUAAGGCCGUUAUUAGCUCGAUCUCGCUCCCAUGCUGCUGUGCAACAAGAUUGUAGGCCCGUGGCAGAUCUCCCAGACGUAUCAGCCGCCAAUGGAGUGUCUCCAUUAGAUACAGCAGACCUUUCACGCCCUGCCAGCCCCAUAACACCGCGAACUGAUUCGACAGCCGUCUCAUAUAAAGCGCAGAUCCAAUAG